CAACAAAAUGAUCAUUUACGUGGAAAGCAAAGCGUUUCCAUGUAAGACGUUUCUAGCUGUAGUCAAGCCCUCAGACAAGAUAGCCAGGAUUCGAGCACAUCUUCUACACAUACUGUAUGACAUUGGCCGGGAAGACCUCCAGUUCAAACUUCGCUACAAAGGCCAGUACCUACGUGAUGCAUUCUUCAUUGAGGAUUAUGAUAUUCCAGCAAAUGCUGUCAUUAAGAUGUUGCCAGUUGCCAAGAGGAAUGAUACAAUGCUGGAUAUCCGAUCAAUUGCUAGUACCAUGACGGUCAGUGUGGAUGCCGUGGCCACCCAGGGACUACAGGAUGUAAAAGUGGAACUGUUUCGGGAGAUCAAAGAGUUCAUUAGACGGGAAAAGAUGAUUAGAGCUUUUGAUUUAAUCAUCUAUUUAAUGUUUCUGGUGACCUGUUUGACCUUGUUGACAAAUUACUGGUAUGCAUUUGGUUGGACUGCUGUCUUCUUUGCUUUUACUGUCAUUUUUCGUCCAUACUACAACAGACAUGGGGGCUUCACUGGAAAUUACACCCACUGGCGUUUCCUGUACUGUAUAUUCUAUGUGGUUGGAGCUGUCGGUUUACUAGGAGCUUCCCUGUACUACACCUGUAUUACCUGGAUAGCCGUGGCAGCCCAUGGCUGCAAAGACUGGGUGUUUGUGGACGACUGUUCACACAAGAGUGUAUUUACUGCGGUGCUUUUUUCUUCCCACUGUGUCAUCCUUUUGGCAUCCACCAUUCUCAUAUCUCUUCUCUUUGUGAACUUCAGACUGGAGAAAGGAGAUUACAUAGAGAAGUUUCUGGUCCAGGAAAGAGACAUUGAACUUGUUAUGAAGUCUGCUCGCAGCUCAAAGGUAAAGGAGAAGAGGACAGCUGCCUAUGAGCUGGCCUGUAUGGCAGCAUCUGGUGAUGACAACAAGUUCCGUAUAGUAGCAGAGGGAGGUUUGGAUGUGCUGAUGGCCAUGGCACACUGUGAUGAUGAUGCAACACAGGAACAUGCUGUGGAGGCCAUAGGGGAGCUCCUCACCAUACAGUCAAUACAGGACAACUUUGUGGACAUGAAUGGGGUGCAGACAUUGACAUCGUUACUUCAUUCAGAGAAUUCACGCAUCAUGCAGGAGGCCACUGUGAAUCUGUACACAAUUGUCUCUGAGUCAGAGGAAAAUAAGAGUUCUGUUGUAGCAGAUCAUGGAUUAGAUGACCUAGCUCAUGCAGCAUACCAGGGCACUAUUUACUGCCAGAGAACAGUAGCAAGUAUCUACCUAGAGCUUGCUUUUAAUGCUGAGAUCAGAGCACAGAUGGCUUCUAGGAACAUGCCAGCACAAGCCUUGGUGCACCUGUGUAACAGUACAGACCCAGAGACACUGCGCUAUGCCCUUCAGACUUUUGAACUACUUGCUAUAGAGAGCUCAGAGAUGAUAUGUGCUCAGGAGGAACUAAUGGAGGUACUGCUAGACCUCCCCAAUAAAACCUUGGAUGAGAAACUUUAUCUGCUGGCUGGCAAAAUCCUCCUUUAUUAUGCUGAGAACAAGAUGACAUGUGAGAUGCUUGUGAACCACCCCAGUAUCAGGGAUGCCCUUGGGAUGUUUGCCCGAUCUCACGACACUAUUCUACAGAAGGUUGUCACCAAGGUCAUCUUCUGCAUGAUGGACACCAAGGAAAUGAAGUUAAAGGCCAGGGAACAGCAGUUACGUCGCGUUUUAGAAUACAUCCGUGACAACUCACUGGACCGUGAAGCAUGGGAUAUGGCAGAUCAAGGAAUACAAGCCAUGGAGUCUGAUGAGGGUAACCUGCCAACUUUACCUAUGUUGAGUACUCUUGAGAAACUCAACAAGAUGGGCGGUGAAAAACAGACAUUUGGAUCAAAGACUUCCUUGGGAUCAGAUGAAAAACCAGAGGCAAGCAACUCCAGCAAUACAUCUGACUAAGAUGUAAAAGAUUUGAAAAUGGAGGACAAUUGACAACUGGGACCAGAAUAUAAUAAAAAAACAGGAAGCAACCACAGGGACGUGUAACAAUACAUUGUCUCCUGGGGAUAUAACUGUAAAAG